GCCAUGGCGGAGGCGGCGGCUGCAGCGGGUGGAACGGACGUGGGUGCGGGCUCCGGCUCCGCAGCGGACCGGGACCGGGACCCGGAUCCAGACCGGGACCGCGCCGGGCGGAGGCUCCGGGUUCUCUCGGGCCAUCUGCUGGGCCGGCCCCAGGAGGCUGUGAGUACCAAUGAGUGCAAAGCGCGGAGAGCCGCGUCGCCGGCCACGGCGGCGCCCACUGCCACUUCCGCCGUGCAGGAGUCAGGCACCAUCCCCAAGAAGCGGCAAGAAGUUAUGAAAUGGAAUGGAUGGGGAUAUAAUGAUUCCAAGUUCUUCUUCAAUAAGAAAGGCCAAGUUGAGUUAACUGGGAAAAGGUACCCUCUUAGUGGUAUGAUUUUACCAACUUUUAAAGACUGGAUCCAAAAUACCCUUGGAGUAAGUCUGGAGCAUAAAACUACCUCUAAAGCAUCCUUAAAUCCUAGUGAUACACCUCCUUCUAUUGUAAAUGAAGAUUUUCUUCAUGACCUUAAAGAGACUAAUAUUUCAUAUUCACAAGAAGCAGAUGAUCGAGUAUUUAGAGCUCAUGGUCAUUGUCUUCAUGAGAUAUUUUUGCUCAGGGAAGGAAUGUUUCAGCGAAUUCCUGAUAUAGUUUUAUGGCCAACAUGUCAUGAUGAUGUAGUUAAGAUUGUGAAUCUAGCGUGCAAAUAUAACCUUUGUAUCAUACCAAUUGGUGGAGGAACAAGUGUAUCAUAUGGCCUAAUGUGUCCUGCAGAUGAGACAAGAACAAUUAUUUCUUUGGACACUUCACAAAUGAAUCGAAUCCUCUGGGUUGAUGAGAACAAUCUGACAGCUCAUGUGGAGGCUGGUAUCACAGGACAAGAGUUGGAAAGACAGCUUAAAGAAAGUGGUUAUUGUACAGGUCAUGAACCAGAUUCACUGGAAUUCAGCACCGUGGGAGGAUGGGUUUCUACUCGGGCAUCGGGCAUGAAGAAGAAUAUCUAUGGCAAUAUUGAGGACCUGGUGGUUCAUAUAAAAAUGGUAACACCUAGAGGUAUAAUAGAAAAAAGCUGUCAAGGACCUCGUAUGUCAACAGGCCCUGAUAUCCAUCACUUCAUCAUGGGAUCUGAAGGAACUCUUGGUGUGAUAACAGAAGCUACAAUAAAAAUCAGACCAAUCCCUGAAUACCAAAAGUAUGGCUCAGUAGCUUUCCCUAAUUUUGAACAAGGAGUAGCCUGUUUAAGAGAAAUUGCAAAACAGAGAUGUGCUCCUGCAUCUAUCCGCCUCAUGGACAACCAACAGUUUCAGUUUGGUCAUGCUCUUAAACCUCAGGUUUCCUCUAUUUUCACAUCAUUUUUGGAUGGCUUAAAGAAAUUUUAUAUUACAAAGUUCAAAGGAUUUGAUCCAAAUCAGCUGACUGUCGCUACAUUACUAUUUGAGGGCGACCGUGAGAAGGUUCUUCAACAUGAAAAGCAAGUGUAUGACAUCGCUGCAAAAUUUGGUGGAUUGGCAGCUGGAGAAGAUAAUGGACAGAGAGGUUAUUUGCUGACGUACGUCAUCGCAUACAUUCGAGACUUGGGUUUGGAAUACUAUGUAUUAGGAGAGUCUUUCGAGACUUCUGCUCCUUGGGACAGGGUUGUGGAUCUCUGCAGAAAUGUAAAAGAGCGAAUAACAAGGGAAUGCAAAGAGAAGGGUGUUCAGUUUGCUCCUCUUUCUACCUGCAGGGUGACGCAGACAUACGAUGCGGGUGCAUGUAUCUAUUUCUACUUUGCCUUUAACUACAGGGGAAUAAGUGACCCACUGACUGUGUUUGAACAAACAGAGGCAGCUGCUAGAGAAGAAAUCCUUGCUAAUGGAGGGAGCCUGUCGCAUCACCAUGGAGUGGGCAAGUUACGGAAGCAGUGGCUAAAGGAAAGUAUCUCUGAUGUUGGCUUUGGGAUGCUGAAGUCUGUCAAGGAGUAUGUGGACCCCAAUAACAUCUUUGGAAACAAAAACCUUUUAUAAAUCCAUUACUGUUGUUACAAAAAAAUGUCACUUUUUUUUUUUUAAGUCUUCAACUAUGGUUAUACCAGUAAUCAAAUAUAUCAUGGACUGUAUUUCAGCAAAAUUUGUUUGUUGGUUGAAAAUAAGUUGUUAAUCAUUCUGUAUUUAUUUUGUUUCUACAUCUAUGGAUUGACAGAUGGUAUUCCUAAAUCUCUCUCCUUGUAGGUGUAUCAGUUGACCGCCAACUGGUUGUCAUUUCAAAUUUUAGUCAGGCAGCACAAGGCUGCUAGCUGUUAUUUCAAAGGAAGAUGCUGCCAGCUGCUCUGUAUUGAUGCCUCCCCUUGGGAACAAAGGCAGAUACCUAAGGGAAGGAUUCCGUUGCGGAGUGAUUACAAAUUCUAGUGUGAGUAGGCCAUUAAGGAGGGGACUCAGGAAAGAACAUAGGCAACCUGUUACUUAGGAUACCUUCAGUUCUGUGAGGUGCUUGGCCUACAUUUUUCUUUGAAAUGAGUAUACAGUUGUAGACCUUAAGUCAGUCUAAAAAUUAUUGUUAGGGACAUGUUUUAGUUUGUUUCUACUGAGGUAUGAAUUGUAUGUGUAUAACUGAGAAAAUCUCUUGUUAUAUCCUAGUUCCUUCAUAAUAUGUUGUAUAAGAAAAACUGACCUAUCACUCAUUGUAUUUGAAGGACAAUUUUACCAUGAAAUGAAUGCCUUUAUCAGCUUAACAGUCCUAAUGUUUCUGAUUUCACAUUCUUGUUGCUGAGAUGCAGAAGAAGCUGCAAUAGGAGCAGAAAAAGGAAGAAUCCUUACACUUCAUAUCUCCAGUUCAAAGAAUCGUUUGGCUAACGAAACACAGUUAUCAUUUAACUGCUGAAUUUGAAAACUUCAAGUUUUAGUAACAAUUACUUUUUAAUUAAUCCAAACAACAUGAUAAAUUUUCAUAUAAAACUAAAGUUUCAGUUUAGUUUUUAAUAGUGAUUUAACGCCUUUUUGAAUUACUGGUUUAACCUAAAUUUUGAAAAAAAUGUAUUAAUACACAUGCCAUAAUCAAAAGUUUGAAAUGUCAUAUUUCUUAAAUAAUAGGGAGAACGUUAAUCACAUUUAGCAGACAUUUUUACAUUCAAACCUGGAUAUUAAAAUAAGUGAAAUUAUUACUUUGAAUCACUGUCUGUCAAGGUUCAUGAUUCACAUUUUGGGAUGGAUUCUUUUCUUAAUGCAAUACCUAACUUUUGAUAAUUUUUUAAAAUUAAUAUUUGAUCAAAUAAUAUAAGUCAGAGUGCAGACGAUCCUUUAAAAGGACACGCUGUCUAUGUAGCAACAGCCCCAAAGUAUUUUUGGGCAGUUUGAUACCUUUUAUAUCUGAAGUAUACUUAACCAGAAAAGUGAAAAUUUAAAUUGACAAAAUGGUAUUUUUAAGACUUCAAAAUGAUAAAACAAUUUGUAAUAAAAUUGGCCUCAAACUAAUAAACUUAAAAUCUGUAAGCAAAUCAAAAUUAAAUAUCAGUUUAACAACAAAAACUAAAUCUUUAUUUAUUAGAAGCUGCCUCUCUUCACUGGUGAUUUAUUUUUAAUUAUAAAAUUUCUAGCAGAUCUUAGCUUUAAAAGCCCUUGCUAUUUGAAAUAGUUGGAUGUUUGAUGAGGAAAUUCCACUUGCCUCUAGAAUUAUAAACUCAGCUUUAUAAAAUGCAUCUAUCUAUUCAUGAAGGUAAUUUCUCUAACUGGUGAUCAAAAUGUAAAACUUAAUACACUAGUAAUAUCUCACUGGAGUGUAUACAUGUUUCUGAGUAAUUUCUUUUUUAAUAAAAUUUACAGAUUCAUAAGCA